AUGGCGGGAGUGGAAGCCGCCGGUCUCGUCCUCGGCGCCAUUCCUCUCAUCAUCUCUGCCCUCGAACACUACCAUGAUGUCGCUGCUCCUACAAUUGCGUUCGUGCACUGGAGACGGUAUCUGCGAAAGUUGGUCCUGAAGCUCUAUAUCAUACGUGUGUCAUACGACCAAGCCGUUCGCCUCCUCCUCGCUCCCAUUGCCGACCUCGCAGAUCAGAUCACGAUGAUGGAGGAUCCGCGAAGCCAAUUGUGGAGGGAGGGACCCCUUGCUGAAAGUCUACGAGAUAAAUUGGGGCCGGUGUACGACCCAUUUAUCCUCACCAUUGAUGAAGUAGCAGAGAUUCUGGUUGAGAUAGCCUCUUCACUCAAUAUCCCUGGGUCGCAGCAGGUUGUCACAACUCGAACCCUCUUGCCAGUCGUCUCUUCCAAUUCGCCGACCGCGAACACCUCUGACCUUCGUAAGAACUUUCAAUUUGGGCCGAGGGUCAAGUUUACGAUGAAGAAGAACCGUGUCAAAACCUCACUGGAGCACCUGGAGGCAUGUACCCGGAGGAUCGAUGCCUGGGCCGCAAGAGCCGACAAGCUACGGGAGGAAACUUCCCAGAGUCGUUUGAAGCUGAAAUUUUCUGCAUCGCUGGACAUCAUCCAAGAGAACGCGAGCAAGAUUUAUCGGGCAAUUUCACGAAACUGGUGCACUGACAAGCCUAUCCAUGAAGCUCGCCUCCUACUCGAGCAACGGCUGGUCAGAUCCAGAAAGCGGAAGAGACCCUCGCCAUCAACGAGUGUGAACAUUGUAGCACAAGCAACUUGCUUCGGCUUAAGCCUCUACGGGGACUGCUGCGCGUCCUCGGGGUGGUUGGAUUCGGAAAUCAGGAUUGACGAGCUUCCAUCGAGCACGGCUACCGUUCGUGUAACGAUAUCGAUUCCAGGAAAUGACAACGACGACACUGCAAGCCUGCAAGACAUCACAAACUUUUGCGAGAUCAUCCGGGACCCCGUUUAUCCAUUCGUGGGAUUUUCCCUUGACAAUAUGGGGUGUUUGAAAUCGUACUCAUCGAAGAUGACCGUCGAGCAUGUUCAACAAUCCCUGUCUCUUGAGGAUAUUCUGCCGCAAUUUGGGCGCAAACUCCCACCAGAACAAGUGUACGGACUCGCCGUCACCCUUGUUGCCUCGAUUCUGCAGCUCAGUCAGACUCCCUGGCUAGAGUCGAAAUGGAGUAAGAAGUGCAUCUUGUUUUCAAGAGCCAACAACAACCUGCCGGGGUCCGUUGACCUAAAGUACCCUUGCCUAGCCAGCUCUUUCCAUUGCGCUGGCCAUCAGAGACGCGAUGACACACCCGAAACUAGAGACACUUCGAAUUUGCUCACCUUGGCAAUAAUGCUGCUUGAGAUCAACUCGGGGCAGCCCGUUGAGCAAAGACGUCAAGAGGACUCGUCCAGCGACCAGUCGGACCUUCAGCUCGCGGGCGAAUGGCUAAAGGAGGAAAAAUCUCACGGGAGGAUAUCCUGCGCGUUCGCUCAAGCUAUCCUGACGUGCCUGCAAGAUUACCUCAAUCCCGACGCCACCUUCGCGGACGAAGCAUACUGUGCUGCUUUCAAAGAGAAGGCUCUGGUACCGCUUGAGGAGGAAAUGGAGUUCCUACUUUACGGACCUCCCAGAUAA